AACUCUUCUCGUUCAGAAUGAAGCUCCUUUCAGCCGCAUUGGUCCUGCUCAUGUCAUCGGCCUUGGCCAUGGCCCAGAAGAAUACGAACACGAAUGAAAACAACAUCGUUAUUGGAAAAGUUUAAAAUAAAUACAUACAUAUGUGAUUAAACUGAAAGUGUAAUUUUUCGUUGUGAAUAGUGAGGAAAUGUACUUGGUGUUAUGUCCGUUCGUUCGCUUUGGAAGGUGUUUAG